AAAUCAUAUGCGCCCGUCCGCGUGGGACGUGCCUUGCGAGUGGUUGUCAGCCCGCCAGCCCGCUUCACCUUGCAUGCCCACCGACAACUCAGUGCUCCCUGCUGCAACCCACUGAAUCGUGCCGACCCUUGUGUUCCCCGAGACUCAAUCGUCGACUGGCUGGACGCCCGCCGCCCGCGACUGCCCAAGCUUCAACCACCUGGCACGCUGCUUUCUCGCCGCAUGGUGGCGAAAAAAAAAAAGGUUCAGGCGCACUUGAACACAAAGGGUCGCAUUCUUGGCACUCUAUUCCCUCCCGGUCCAUCUUAUAACGGCAGGCCCUGCAGCCGAACACUUCUAGAAGAUCAGAUUACAGUCUACUAGUCAUUGUCUCCACACACACUCUCUCUCUCACUCACACUCUCACACAUCCUCACACUAACACCCAACCCACGACACCAACCACCUGGCAGUCAAAAAGAACUGCUCCCCUCCUUCUGCAACCACCCGUCCUGCUCCAGAACUCGACCCACAGUCCGUGCCACAGCUUCACACGUCAAUUCAGCCCCCUAAGUUGUUAUAUCUCUGUCACAUCCAUCAUGGCAACCUCCAACGGGUCCUCAAACACCACCGUCAACUUGGCCGCCCCGGCUACCAACGGCAGUACCAAUGGCGCUAACAAAAACUCCUUCGCCGUCAAGGCCGGCCUCGCUCAGAUGCUCAAGGGUGGAGUCAUUAUGGACGUCGUGAACGCCCAGCAAGCCCGCAUCGCCGAGGAAGCCGGCGCCUGUGCUGUCAUGGCCCUCGAGCGUGUCCCCGCUGAUAUCCGGAAGGACGGCGGUGUUGCACGCAUGAGUGACCCAGCAAUGAUCAAGGAGAUCCAAGACGCCGUUACAAUCCCAGUCAUGGCCAAGGCCCGUAUCGGCCACUUCGUCGAGUGCCAGAUCCUCGAGGCUCUAGGUGUGGACUACAUUGACGAGUCUGAGGUUCUCACCCCUGCGGAUGUCGCCUACCAUGUAGAGAAGAACAACUUCAGUGUGCCUUUUGUCUGCGGUUGCCGGAACCUGGGUGAGGCCCUCAGACGUAUCACCGAAGGAGCCGCCAUGAUCCGCACCAAGGGAGAGGCGGGCACUGGAGACGUAGUCGAGGCCGUGAGACACAUGCGCCAGGUCAAUGCCGACAUCGCCCGGGCGCAGGCGGCGCUUGCCAAGGAGGGGGAGCUCGGAAUCCGAGCCCUUGCCAGGGAGCUGGGCUGUGACGCCGCGCUCCUCAAGCAGACCGCGGAGCAGGGUCGUCUGCCUGUCGUGAACUUCGCGGCCGGGGGAGUCGCAACGCCUGCGGAUGCCGCCCUCAUGAUGCAGCUCGGGUGCGACGGUGUCUUUGUCGGUAGCGGCAUCUUCAAGUCAGGAGACGCUGCGAAGAGGGCCAAGGCCAUCGUCAAGGCCACAACUCACUUCAAGGACCCCAAGGUGCUGGCAGAGUGCAGCACUGGUCUCGGGGAGGCCAUGGUCGGAAUCAACUGUGGCAACAUGAGAGCGGACGAGAAGCUGGCCGGCCGAGGAUGGUAGUUUCGGCACUUUGCGCAGGUUUGGGCACAUGUGCGCACAUAUUCUGGUUGCUUUCUAUCAAUUGCUUUACAAGACAGCGGAUGUGAAACUGACCCACAGAGGGUGACGGGUGAACAUAUACAUACCUGGGCGGUUUUGCAAGAUCUACUUUUUCGGCGUCAAAAAGACACAGCAGCAACUUGUUUCUGUAUGACGAGGACUCUUGUAGCUAAGACUAUCACUUGAACGAGUUAAAGCUCUGUGACGCUCAACUAUAGGCUCGGAAGGAAAAGAUUCAUCGGCUACGGGAUCGUCAGAGUGGCUUUUGCCUCGAGGUCUCGGCUGCCAGCUUCAAUAUAGAACACAUGCGGUUUUGUUCUUGA